UAAAAGUGAAAGUAACACAGUGCAGUAUAAAAUGCAAUGGUUUCAUUCCUGUCCAGUCCAACAUUUAAGUUGAAUGAAUAAACAUAAGAAGUGUGUUAGAGACUGAGAUCUGAAUCACCAACAGCACAAUCUUCAGUUCUUUAGAAUAAAUCCAGACUUGGACACAAAGCACAAUGAAUUUCGCUGAUAUCUUCUACCCUGAAAAUCCUAAAAUGAGGGAGACGCUUAUCCGCAAAAGUCAAGAGAUCGUAGAACUGAUGAAGAACAACUUCAGAGCCACCAACCAACUCAUUGAUGUUCUAAAGGAACACUUGGGAUUGCGCUUCAAUCCAAUCACCCUGAACGAGAGAGCUACUGUUAAGGCCAACUGCGAUGUAUUAAUUCAACGCAUCCGUGAGAUCCAGACUCGGCUGGAGAAUAUUGACAAGGAGCUGAUGGAGAAGCUGGAACCUGACUUAUAUGAGAAACUGAAGACAAGAGAUCUGUCUAUUCCUGAACGUGCAAAAGUUUCAGAAGUUCUUCGUGGAAUUCAAUGUGGUUUUGCAGGCUUGGUAGCCCCUUUUGUGGUCGGUUGGUUAUUUCAAAACGUGGCGAUUCUGGGAGGCAUAACAGGCACAUGUUGGGUCAUUGCAACAGGGUUAUUAGGCGGUGUUGUCUUUGGGGUGCUACUAAUGGGGAUCGAAAUGAUUUUUCAGGGCAUCCUAGGGAGUAUUGAGCGUGAUCGGCUUAAGCAAGCUCUUAAAGAGUAUGAAGAUGCUUUAGAGGAUUUUAGGCCAGCUUCUGAAAAAUAUCAAGAUAGCAUAACCGAAGUCAAGUUGACUAUUAAACGUAUGGCUAAUAUGAACGAAUUGUCUUAAACAUCAACAUCAAUGGCUUUUCGUGUAUGAUUUAAUUUUUUGUUGUUGUUUAUAUUGUCAGAAGUGUUUGCUUGAAUAAUAAGCAAGCAAGUCAUAACAGCUGACUAUUCAAAAAUAUCUGAAUUUAAAUUGAAAUAAAGAUUAGAGUAAAUAUGCAAAAUGUAGACAAACGCUUAUACAUUUGUGGAGUUGAAUACUUAAAUAAAAGCACAAAUGUCAUUUGAAACAUCCAUCUGUCUUUCUUAAUUCAGAGAAAUAAAUUGUUUAACAUUUACUAAUGGCUCCUGAAUCUACAUUUAAAAAAUUUUAAUUUUGUUAUUUACUUGUUCUCAAGUCAUUUAACCCUCCUAUUAUGUUUGGGGUCAAACUGACCCCAAAGCUAUUUUUACAUCUUUGAAAAAUGAUUGUAUUUUUAAACCUUUAAACCUACUUUUUGACUUGAAGUUACUUUUAGUCACUUUGGAUAAAAGUGUCUGCCAAGUGUAUAAAUACAGUAUAGUCCUGUGAA